AUGGGCGGGCAGGACAAGAGGUGUUUGCCGUCGAUGCCGGCGUGCAACGGCGAGCACGGCGGCAAGAAGGCGCGGCAGCAGGCCCUGGUGCCCGUGGUGAAGCAGGAGCCGCGGCAGGAGGAGGUGGAGGAGGAGGAGUGGGAGGAGGGGGAGCUGACGUCCCAUGGCGGCAGCCCGGGAUCGGCGGCUGCGUCGGAGGCCCUGGUGGGGGCGGCGUCCGCGCCCGCGCCGCCGCAGAUCGACGUGAGGAUGGACAUGGCGCUGCUCCACUGCCAGGCCUGCUUCCUCCCCCUCAAGCCCCGCGUGUUCAAGUGCGAGACCGGGCACGUGGUGUGCGGCUACUGCCGCGGCGCGCACGGCGAGGCCUGCGGCCGCGCCGACACGCACUGCCCCGAGCUGGACGCCGUGGUGGGCGCCACCAAGGUGCCGUGCGCGUACCGGGACUUCGGCUGCGACCGGUUCCUGGUGUACCACGGCGCGGCGGAGCACAAGCGCGUGUGCCCGUGGAUGCCCUGCUCGUGCCCGCAGCCCGGCUGCGCGUUCCUCGGCCCCCCGGCGGCGCUCCUCGACCACUGCUCGGCCGAGCACUCCCGGCCCAUCAUCCAGGUGCGCUACGGCCGGCCGUGGACCCUCAGCCUGCCGCUGGCGCAGCGCUGGCACGUGAUGGUCGGGCAGGAGGACCGGAGCGUCUUCCUCGUCUCCCUGGCCGACCUGCGCGUGGCGGCCACCGCGGUGUCGCUGCUCUGCGUCAGGCCCGACGGCGCCGUGGCGCUGCCCGCGGCGCCCCACUUCUGGUGCAAGCUCUCGGUGGAGCACCCGCGCGGCGACAAGGACGAGAUGGUCAUGAUGGCGUCCGCCGUGAGCAGCAGCCCCCUGUCCGCCGGCCCGCCGGUGCCGGGGCAGGGGAUGUUCGUGGCGGUGCCGCACGAGUUGAUGUCCGGCGACGUGCUCGCCAUCAGCGUCCGCAUUGAUCAGCUCCAGCCUCCUCCUCCUGCCUCCACUGCUGUCGCGGGCAGGGCACCGGCGUCACCACCACCAUCCCAUGCUAGGACAACAACCAGGAGGCUCCAGUGACAACUCUGCUCUUCUUCUUCUUGAUGAUGUUGUGUAUGUUUUGGCUUUGGCAUGUUAUCAGUAUGCGUUUGUGUAGGCCGCUAGGGCAUGUUUGGCCUGUGUCCAAAACCAAUCAUGUCAAAUUUUCAAAUUCAAACAUUUUUUUGCGUGGUAGAUAAUUUGAUGCGUGAGGUUCGCUCCAAUUUUUAGAUCAUUUAGACAUCUAAGCAGCUCUAAGCAAAAAAGACAAAUCGGGUCAGAACAGUGCGUGAACAAUAACAUUUUUACAGACCCCGGAUUUGUCUUUUUUGCCGAGAGCUGCUCAGAUAUACAAAUGAUUUUAAAAUUGGAACGAACCUCACGCA